AUGUCGAAAAGAGGCAAACGUGGUGUUGCUUCUUUUCAAAAGAAUUAUAAAGAGGAGGAUUAUAAGGUAGAUUUUGACAAAAAUAAUCGCCCGGUGGGUGCAAUGAGUUCUCCAUUUAUGUCAUGGUUUGGGCUGAAAGUUAGACAAACGUUUCCAUAUCAUAUUGAUACGAAGGAUUUUGAAAGAAACCGGUGGGAAGAAUUAUGGUUGGAUACCAAGAGGUUAUGGAAUAUUCAAACUGAUGGGGCAAAAAAGUUUAUGCUUAAAAAAGCAAAGAAGCUUUGUACAAAAUUCAGAAGCAGGCUUGUUAUCAACUAUGUUAAUAAAGGAAAAAGGCCUUUUGAGAAAUAUGCAUAUCUCGAUCCUGCGCAUUGGGAUGAAUUCGUUCAGAAAAAGACAAGCAAAGAAUUUUUGGAUAUAAGCGAGAAGGCCAAAGCAAGUGCAAACGCGAACACAAACUUCUCCCGACUAGGACGAACUGGGUUUGCGGGAUUGGAUGCUAAAACCGAUAUCAUAUGGCCUCUACUUGAAGCAAAGUAUCCAUAUCUUAAAACUAUACAAGAUAAACGUGCCAAAGCGUGGAUAAUGAGUAAAAAAAUAAAAAACCCAGAAACUAACUCGUAUGAACUUGCACCAGAUUCGCAUGAAACAAUCGAACGUUUGGUCCGCACCGAGAGAGAGAUGAUAGAAGAUGGUAGUUAUUUUGCCGGAAAGGAUGACCCGAUUGUUAGAGUUAUGGGACGUGAACACGGCGGAAAAACACGGGCAGUCUCCGAGCUUAUAGGUUCAACACAGGUUCAUGGAGGAUUGUUCAACAAUAGUAAAAAGCGAGCAAGAAGGUGCAAUAGUUUGGAUGCGAUCAAGGAGAAAGGCUCGGUAUCAUGGGUGGACAAGAAUUCCGGUGGACCGAUCAUAUCCUAUCCACCUAUCGAGAAAUUGACACCAUGUGAGAUGCUUUUUCCAUUCCAAGUUAGCGAUGAGUUGACGGUGGCUAUAGGGCAGAUAUGGCCAACUUCUGAUAGGAUUCUACAUGGCAAACUAAUAAGCGAGGGUUUUGUAAAAGUUCAAGUAGAUAAUGUCAUUGAAGGUUGCGAGAAAAUGCCUGUUCUUGAAGUAACUAAAACUGUGGACAUUAAAUGUGUUGGAGACAUGCUUCACUGUUUUGUUCAAUGGCCAAGGGAUGCAGUAAAGAUUGUGAACAAGGAAACAUCCAGCAGGUCUGUGAGUUUCCUGAGAACGAACCCGAGGCUCGAUUCAUCAAGCCACACAGGCGCCUCGCCUCAAACACAAGCCGGUGACAUCUCGGCGAUUUCAUGUUAUCAUCCAGAGAUUGAGGAAGACCCGUAUGAACUACAAAUGCCUAUUCAACAAAACAUUGAUCAGAUGAGUUUUAUGAAUAUGUUAAUGGAAGUGCAAGAACUACCUGAAAAACAAAUGGCAAACAGUCAUGCUCCUAAUCUAGAUCCAGAAUUUAUCGAUCCUGAAGUAACUACUGCUUUGGAAAGAACAAAGACUAGGCCUCGUGCAAUUCAAGAUAUGGUUGAACUAUUAUCAAGGUGUGUUGGGGAUAACCAUAGCAUUCAGAUUUCUUCACCGGCCAGGAUGUAUCCCCAAACGGUUCAGGAUAGUAUUCCAUAUGUGGAGUUGUUACAACUAUUUUCUAAUGAUUGGCUUGACAUCACUGUGAUACAUUGGUUUGCAAUGUAUUUUUAUGAGUCACAUAAUUCUCGAAGCGCAUUUUUUAAUCCGCACCACAUCAAAGGUGAUUCAUGCACGAAAAAUUCUGAAGGCGUUCAAGAACAUAUCAUAGAUAUGUUUAUGUUCCAUACCGACAAAACAUUUUUUCUUGCGCCAUAUUUAGCCGAUAACCAUUGGACCCUAAUUAUCAUUUGUCCAUCAACUGAGAGAGGCUAUAUCAUUGAUUCUAUAAGUAGAGAAAAGGACCAGCAUAGUUACCUUCUUACGUCUGUCAUUGAUGAAGCUUUUGGGUUUCCAUUUCUUUGGGAUAUGGUGAAUUGUAAGCAGCAAAAGAAUGGUUGGGAAUGUGGUUUUAUGGUUAUCAAAAACAUGUACGAGUUUGUCAAUACUAUUCAACAUGACUUUCACAUUAAGGCAAGUGUUUUCUAUAUAUUUAUAUACUUUGUAUAUUUGCACUAA